AUGAAGUUACCCUUUUUUGCUGCGUGCCUCUCGCUUAUCUCCGCCAGCUUUGCUGCCAACUCUGUUUUCAUCGACAAUGACGAGUACAUCAACUAUGGUCUGUCUGGCUACGGUUUUGUCCCCGGCGAUGCUGUUGACAAAUACAAGGACACCAUCUCGUUUGGGUCCUCUAUUUCAUUGCACAAGCCAUCGUUGUCGGUCUCCAAUGGCGUGUACAGCUUUGUGACGUACAAUCUGCCGGACAGGGGCUGGAACACCAAAGGCACGCUUAACUAUGCUCCUAGAAUCCACAAGUACGGGGUCACGUUCACCCCGAAAAAUAACUCCUACUCGGCCAAUCUGGUCUGGGACUACCAGGAUACCAUCCUGCUCAAAGACUUCGAUGGCCAACUCAUGACGGGACUCGACUGCAAUACCACCUUGUACCAGAACGGCCACACGCUACCGGCUACUCAAUUUGUUGGCGACGGUUUCGGUGGAGGAUUAAAUACUAGCUCCACCACUACGCGGGUCUGUCUGGACCCUGAGGCUCUGAGAAUUGUCAAGAACGAUAUUUCCAAUGGGUUCUGGAUCACCGAUGAGUAUGGCCCUGGUAUUUUCAAAUUCGACUCCAACGGCACUCUGGUCGACUACACCCUCCCGCCAGAUGCCAUAGUUCCCUUCAGAAACGGAUCAGUGUCCUUCAGCGCCAACUCGCCCCCGCUGUACGAGAAUUACGACCUUGGUGACCCAGACUCCGGCCGUGCCAAUAAUCAGGGGUUCGAAGGGGCUGCCUUGUCACCUGACGGAAAGCACGUGUACGCCUUGCUCCAGUCUGCUGCGAUCCAAGAGGGUGGCUCCGAGAAGUACACGAACGCGUAUGUGCGCAUGGUCAAGUACAACGUUUCUGGCUCGUCCCCACUGCUGGAGGCGGAGUACGUGCUCCGACUGCCCACCUACGAGGACCCUGAAAAAGAAGCCGCAAAGAAUCCUCGCGUUGCUGCGCAGUCCGAGCUCGUUUACCUAAGCGACGAACUAUUUAUGGUUCUGGCUAGAGAUAGCGGACGAGGAAGAGCACAGGACAACACCACGUCAAUCUACAGACAUGCUGACCUGUACUCCAUUGCCAACGCAACCAAUAUUGCCGGCAGGUACGACCAGAUGGGUGAAAAGGUCGCGUCAAAGAAAGGCAAGCUGGAAGAUGGAAUCACAACUGCUACCUACUAUUCAUUCCUUGAUUACAACAAUCAGACUGAACUGAGCAAGUUUGGACUGCACAACGGCGGCAAGGACGACCCCAUGCUGCUGAACGAGAAGUGGGAAGGAAUCACCCUCAUUCCAGUGGAGUGCACUACGGACGAAUAUUUCCUACUAACAGUUUCCGACGACGAUUUUAUCACGCAGAACGGUUUCAUGAACUUUGGAACGUUUCCGUAUUCUGACUCAUCCGGGGCCAAUCUAGACAAUCAAGCUCUCGUGUUCCACGUGAAGCUGCCGGCUCUCACCCAUGAAAACACGUGCACUGCCCUGAGCUCGCAGCCGGCAAAUUCCACGGAUGCAGCUGCUACUUCCAGUACCUUACAGUCCUUGCUGGAGACCCGGACAACGACAGCACACAGAUCUACAUCUGUGACGGUGUCUGUGGCAAGCGAUGCCGGAAGCGGCUUGAGAUCAAGUGUUCUCGGCCUACUACCGCUCGUGCUUGCCCUUCUGUGA